AGGGAAACCCCUUUAAUACCCCGCCGCCUCCCCUGGUUCUCUCCCUCGCACUCCGCCCACUCCGCCUCCCCUGCUUCUCUUCCACCGCGCUAGGGUUCCGGCGAAUUUGGUGGCCGCGUGUUCCGCUGAUUCGGUCUUCGGCGGCGCCGGCGGCGGGAUCAAUGUCACAGACAAGCUCGGCGGGUUCGAGCAGGCAGGGUGGCCUCGGCUACGACGGCCGUGGGUUGCCGGUGCCGUACCGCGUCCCGCCGCUGGCGUACGAGCCCAGCAUGUUCUGCAACUGCAAGCCGAAGCUCAAGGCUAAAAGGUUCAUCUCGUGGAGCCAAGCUCAGCCCGGUCGGAGGUAUCUCCGCUGCCAGAAAGUCAGGAGUUGCGAUGAAUGCGGGUUCUACCAAUGGGUCGACGAGGAAUGCUCUCCAUGGUACAAGCAGCUGCUGAGAGACCUGCGUGAUGCAGUGUGGACCUUGAAGGACGAUCUGGCGGCCAAGGAAGGAGAAUUGCAGGCCCUGUCCAAUCAGUUGGUUGCUCUGGAGGUUCAGUUGGAGGAGAAGAAGAAGGAGGCUGAUGAGAAGCAGGUGGAGCUGGAUUUGAAGCACCAGGAGCUGGAUUUGAAGCAGCAGGAGCUCAAUGACAAGGAGCAGCAGCUGAUAGCCAAGCAGGUGAUGUUGGAGGGCAAUGACAUGGCAUUGGAGGCAAUGAAAGGCAAGCUGAAGACCAAGAAUCAGUGCAUUGAUGCACUUGUGCUCAUGUGUUUGGUCCUGGUGGUUUUCCUGAGCAAGUAGAGGGGUUGGUGAUGUAGCUUUUGUUAGUAGUGGUUCCCUAGCUAUUGUAAGUAGUGGUUCUACUGAUGAAGUAGAGGCCCUAGUACUGCAGAAUGAAGUGUCACAGAAAUGCCAUGUCUUUUGAAUGUAAGCAUGUGACAAUGUUAUGCAGUGUCUUUUGAAUCAGAUGUUGUGACAAUCUUAUGCAGAAUCUUUUGAAUGAAAUCAUGUGACAAUGUUAUG